UCGAUAUUUUCAAGCCCGACCACAGCUACUUGACCUAUUCCAUAGACACUGUGCGGUUGGUUGGCUGUUUCCACAUCUGCAUUGCCACAAGGCACCCGACCCCCCCGAAAGUUCUACAUGACGACCCAACGAUGUCCAUUUCUUUCGGCCCGAACUCGAUACAUAGAUCACGGUUCUGGGAUUCCAUGUUUUUUGCCUUAUUUUUUUCUACAGUUUUUCGAUUUGGCUAUUUACAUUUGGUGGAUGGAUCGGUGGUGGUAUGUGUCGGAGUCGACGCGUUUCCAGUUCGCCGGCGCGGUUGGCCGGUUUCAUGACCCGUUCUGGCUUCUCAAACGCCGGAACCGGGAUAUUCUUAUUUUCGAGUCCGGUUGUGCCGUUUCUUCUGUGGCAGCUUAUCAUUAUGCUCCGGAGAGCGGGAUUGUGACUUUGCGUUAAUGUAUUAUUGCUCUCCAGAUCGGCUGAGAGUGGUCCAGAACGCUCUGGCGUUGUAAAGUUCAAAGAACUGAUGUGAAGUAGGAAUAAAAUUCAUUUUUAUUUGGCUAUGUUCGCUGGCCGUUGUGGACCGUUCUGAUCUGCAAAAGGUGUCAGCCCUUCCAAUGUCUGUAUGAUUGCCCGUCGAACCGUGUCGUCCCCUC